AUGAUUAAGCAAUUUAUUCAUGAAUGCAUAUUUCUUUCCCACAGAAACGUCAGUUCAUUUUCUCUUAUUAAUUUUCAUGACUAUUUCUUUUUUUUUUUUUUACUUAUUCCGCCUCCAUUAAUACCUCUUCAUUAUAUCCUUAACCCGUUCAACACCAUUUUCUCACUUGUUCAAAUUCUUCAUCUGGAUUUGCUUCUGAUUUCCCUUCUUUGUUUACCGGUGAUGCCACUGCUGAGAGAUUUCUUCUUUCAGCCUCCUCUCUCUCUCUCUCUCUCUCUCUCUCUCUCUCUCUCUCUUACUCACACUGUCUCUCUCUCACUUACUCACACUGUCUCUCUCUCUCUCUUACUCACACUGUCUCUCUCUCUCUCUCUUACUCACACUGUAUCUCUCUCUCUCACUCUUACUCACACUGUCUCUCUCUCACUUACUCACACUGUCUCUCUCUCUUACUCACACUGCUCACUCUCUCUGUUUCAUUUUCUCUCACUCUUACGCUCUGUCACACUCUCUCUCACUGUCGUUCUCUCACUCUUUCCCUCUCUCCUCUCUCUCUUUUAUUCUCUUUCACUCUGUCUCUCUUUCAUACUUUCACUCUCACUCUCUUUUUCUUCUAUCCAUUUAGGUUCUGCUUCUCUUAUUUUUUUCUUAUUGUUUUUUCUUCGAUUUAACCUUUUCUUUUUUUAUCUUCCAAUCUUUCUUUCUUUUUUCUUUCUUUCUUUUUUCUUUCUUUCUUUUUUCUUUCUUUCUUUUUUUAUUUCUCACAAGAUCCCUUAUUGUCAUAAUUCAUUAACACUUCAUUUUCCUUUCUUUCUUUCUUUCUUUCUUUCUUUCUUUCUUUCUUUCUUUCCCUUCUUCAUACAUCUCAUCAUUAAUUCUUUCUUUUCUUUUUAA